CACGUGUAAAUAUUCACUACACUCACAAAAGAAUCUGAUUAUAGAAUAAAUCCACGAAUAAUCGGAUCGUUUGUGCUGCUGGAGGAACAAUGUUCGGUUCUUCUAGAUCAGGAGGGGUGAGAGGAGGACAGGACCAGUUCAACUGGGACACUGUUAAAGUGGAUAAACACAGAGAGAACUACCUGGGUAACUCCCUGAUGGCGCCGGUGGGCCGCUGGCAGAAGGGUAAAGAUCUGAGCUGGUUUAAUAAGGAUAAACAGAAGGGGGCGCCGCUGAACCGAGAGCAGGAACUGCAGGCUGUUAGAGAGGCUGAACGCAACGCCAUGAUGGUGGCACUGGGUCAUAAAUCAGUACAGCGGCGACCGGCUGGUUUAACCAAAGAGGAUCUGGUGGACGUGUGUAGAAGAGAGGGCGACGGGGAUGAACGAGACCCUGACAGACUCUCCGGACUUGGAAGCUCCAGUGCAGGAGGUGGGUUGAUGCUGUUAUCGAGGCAGGAGAAGGAAGCAGUGAGGAUGGGGUUACCAGUGUUUACUCAUCACAAAGCAGCCGGCGGAGAGGAAGCGAGCGGCGUGGGAGCCGGAGACCCUCAGAGAGACGAGGACACGGAGAAAAGCGAUCGGACCGACGGCCACAAGAAAAACAAAAAGGAGAAGAAGAGCAAAAAGGAGAAGAAGAGCAAAAAGGAGGAGAAGAAGAAGAAGAAACGUAGAAGAGACACGUCCUCCUCCUCCUCGGAUUCUGAAUCUGACACCGACUGUAAAAGACCGAGGCAUCACCAUGGAGACCACAGGUCCGAUAGGAAACCAUCACACGACAGGCGCAGAGGUGACCGGCGUCCGGAUCGAGGGUCAAGGGUCAAGCACAGAAACCCUUCACCGUCUCAGAGGGACGGGCCGCCGCGCCGCCGCCACGACACCGACUCGGACGACUGACCGGCGAUCGAGCGAUACACCGCGACGUUUUUUAAUUCCCACAUUUUUCUUCCAAUCUAGUCAUGUCCAGUUCCCUAAGCAGUCUCGCAGAAAGCCAUAUCUCGUACGGAGGGUCAUGCACUAUCUCCGUACCGACCCCCUUGCUCUUAGACACAGCCAGUCGUGUCUGUAUGGACUCCCGGUCGGUCGAUAGCACAGCUGAGAUCCCAACUCCAGAGCUUGAAAUGAGGUCCGGACACUCGGGACGGUCUGGUUUAUUUUGGACGCCCCUGUUGUUGAUUAUUUUGUGGUUCUGUGGACCGAUGGUGCGCAGUGGUGAGGAGGACACGGUGUUUAUGGUUCCAUUUGGGACGAGGAACCUUUACAGCACAAAUAUUUGCUUCAUUUUAGCUUCAGCGCUCGUGUUUUACCUCAUCGUGUAAAUAAAACAUCUAAAUCAGU